AUGCCUCGAAAGGGAUACGAUGUGACUGGGUGCGCCCCAGGUACUCCCGCUGCCGAAGCCGCGGCUCGGGCCAGGCAGAGGGCUGCCCCUGGAAACCGCACUCCUCGUGCCGGAACUCCUAUCGAUCCGACCCGCCACGAUGGAGAUGAUCAAGAGACCCCUCGAGCUUCUCGUACUGGUGUCUUCACGGGAGUUGCGCCUGGUGUCCCUCCCAACUACCCCCAGACGAACGUAAUGCAGGGUGAUCCAGCAUUUCAGCCUCAGAGUUUUCUGCCAAGACAGGAGCUGUUCCAGAACCCUUUGAACGUCAGUUCAAUUCAGGCAGCUAAUAACUUCAUGGCGAGGCCCAUUGGUGGUCCGCAUGGUCAUCCUGUUCCUUUCCCAGUGCAGUCGUCGAUAUUCCCCGGAGUUGCCUCGACAGCUUCUACAGGCCAAAGCGUUGGAUUUGUAAACGCUCCAGCACAGUUCAGUAUGGGCACCUUUGGGACUGCCGAAUUCGGAGCACAACAACAGCAGCAAUAUUGGGAUAACAACCAGUUCUAUGCUUUGCCCGCCAGCCAGCAUGGAAUCCAGAGUUUCCCCACGUCCCAUCCUGGUCCAGAGUCGUUUGUCCGCUACCCAGCGGCUGGAGAGACCGCGCAAUAUCCGGUACCAAACACCAACACUGGGACUUCAGCAGCUCAGAGUCACGAUGAAGACACCGAGAUGACGGGCACCAAUCGCUGA